AUCCACUUCGAAAUUACCCGAGGGACACUGGAGAGUCGGUCAACUUCAAGUCAAUAUUCCUCAUGCUACCGACUUCAUCUUUGCGUGCGCUUCAAGUGAGAGUACCGCGCCGCAUAGCAGGCAGGCGAUUUGCUUCCCAUGGCCCACCACAAUUUAACGAGCCUAGUGGUUUGCUUUUUGGCGAAAAGCCCCUUGCACCAGGACAAAAGCGAGUGAAAGAGGAGUGGGAGAACAUCUGGUAUGUAGGGAUGUUCGGGUCUAUGGCAAUGGCUGCAGUGUUAUUGUACUACAAGCCUGACACAAGUAUACAAACAUGGGCCUUAAGGGAAGCUAAGGAACGUAUGGAAGCUCGCGGAGAGAAAUACAAAUACGAGCCAUCAUCAUGAAUUCUAUCAACUACCUUACCACCUCAUUCUGACAAUCCAUACCAGUUCUCAAGAUAGAAUGCAUUGAUUUCUAAACAUCUAUAUGAUAA